AUCUCCCAAGUAGCGUGCACUUGGCGGUGGAAUUGAGCUGUGUCGAUUGAUCUGCGUUUGAAUUGAGUGCAAUCGAUCUGCUUUAGUUCAUCCAAAUAAUGCCUCGCAAAAGAUCAAACUUAGGUCGUCGUACUCGCGGAGCGGAAGCAGUGCGACGAGUAAUUGCAAAUCAAACUGAAGAACAACGGGCAUCAGCGAACAAGCGAAACAGACAAAGAAUGGCUCAAACACGUGCCGAGGAAACAGCAGAGCGACGUGCAGCCAGACUUGAGGAUGCACGAUUGCGAGCACGGCGAUCGCGUUCUGCAGCUCCACAGCAACGCGUGGCCAGGCCUUCCUUCAUUCUUGAAGCUGCCACAGAAACAGAAGCUAAAAUGUCAGCUUUGAAACACCCAGAGUACCCCGAAGCAAAAUUGCUUCAACUGGAAGGCAUGAUACCCUGUCGAGAAGCUCAAGCAUCCACCUUAUUGUCAAUAUUUGGAGAGCGCCAACACUUUAGCUUUCCAGCCCUUUUCAUAUAUGGACACACAUCCAGUGGAAAGACAUAUGUGGUGCAGACCCUUCUAAAAAUCUUGGAGCUUCCUCAUGUGUUUGUGAAUUGUGCCGAAUGUUUUACUUCCAGAUUACUUCUGGAAGAAAUAUUGAGACAGUUGCAAUGCCUCUUAAUCGAAGAAGGAAAUCCUUCGUUUGCAUCCUGCGACACAUUCAACGAUUUCGUGCGUUUAUUUAAAAAGGUGGCCUUGACGCCUGAUCUGCAGAAUCAGACCAUAUAUGUUGUUUUGGAUAAAGCAGAACAGCUGCGCGAGCUGGAAGGAAAUAUUCUGCCAGCUUUUCUUAGACUGCAAGAAUUGACGGGGAGGAACGUGACUGUGGUUCUCCUUAGUGAAAUUAUAUGGGAGCUUCUUCGUCCAAGCACGGGAUGCCUUGAGCCGCUGCCUUUGUAUUUUCCAGAUUACAGCAUAGGACAUCUGCAGAAGAUUCUGUCCCAUGACCAUCCUCCAGAGUAUUCGUUUGAUUUUUAUGCUGCAUAUAUCAAUAUUCUUCUGGGAGUCUUCUAUCCAGUCUGCAGGGACUUGAAGGAGCUCCAGCAUCUGGCUGCCCUUAAUUUUUCUAAAUAUUGUGAACCUGUGGUCCAAGGAGAGGCGAAUGAACGCGACACACGCCGACUGUGGAAAAAUAUUGAAUCCCAUUUGAAGAAAGCGAUGCAAACGGUUUAUCUUCGGGAGAUAUCAAGCUCCCAGUGGGAACGAUUACAGCAAGAUAAUGGAGAACCUGGACAAGUGAAAGGACUUUCAGCUCACGCUCAUGUAGAACUGCCCUAUUACUCCAAGUUCCUUCUGAUAGCAGCUUACCUCGCCUCUUACAAUCCUGCCAGGACAGAUAAAAGAUUCUUUGUGAAGCAUCAUGGAAAAAUUAGGAAGGUAGACUUUCAGAAGAAACAUGAAAAGACCAGCAACCAUCUUCUGGGGCCCAAGCCCUUCCCACUGGACCGAUUGCUAGCCAUACUCUACAGCAUUGUGGACAGCCGAAUUCCUCCGACUGCAAAUAUAUUUUCCCAGAUUACUUCUCUCGUAACGCUGCAACUGUUAACCUUGGUUGGUCACGACGAUCAGUUUAACGGACCAAGGUACAAAUGUGCGGUCUCCCUGGAUUUCAUCAGAGCUAUUUCAAGGACUGUGAACUUCGACAUCACCAACUACUUGUAUGACUUUUUGUGAAGACCCCGUGAUGGCGACCGAGGCGAACCCCGCCGCUGUACCCCCAUUGUUUAACCAUCCCGGAAGGGAAGACGGCCGGUUCGCAGGGAUUUAUCCAAAGCAGGUGCCGACUCAGCGUGGAACAAGAAGAAAACCCUCGAGUUGGUCUGGAUGGGUCUGUGCAGGGGAGGCUUUACCCGACGCCCUGGCGUAUUUGGAACAAACGUGUUAAUUACAAACAGCAGGGACCAAGCCCAAUCUGUUCCCCCUCUUAAUUAUUUCAUCUCAGCAUCGAGAUUGCCUGAAACCCAUUUGUGCUGCGAGGAAGUGUCCCCCGCGCUUUGAACGUGGCGGCAGGCUCCUACGCCCAGGCUUUUCACUUCCUCUCCAGGGGGGGGGGUUGCAUUUGUCUGCCACAGCAUCAUUUAAAGGAGUUUGGAAUACCACACUCAAUAAAUACACAGUCAACCUGG